AUGGCGACCGAGUUCGUACCGGGUGGAGUCAUUACGAAAGCGUCGCUUGAUGACAUGAUCUACACAGCGUGUCCUCGAUGUUACAUUUCCAUGAAAGACCAAUUCGUUUCUAACACAGGAAUGGAGCUUCCUGUACAUUGCGCGUCUUGUGGCCUAACUUGUUCUCAAAACCAACUGCAAUUCAAGUAUCGAUUACAACUGCGACUUGUGUCCGGAUCAAAAGUAGUUGACGCGAUGCUGUUUGACGAAGUGGCAGAAGCGCUGCUAGGCGUCUCAGCCUUAAAUAUGAAGAGCAAUCUCUUGUUCAAGUACCCGACCUUGCCUCAAGUGCUUAAGGAGCUGCUUGUGGGAUUACACGUGUCAUUUUCCUUUCAGCGCCCAGCGCCCAAGAAGAGCAAGCAUUUUCAGCGUGAUCUUAAAAUAACUAAAAUAGAGCCGCUUAUCCCCCAGCUUUUACCUGAACCAGCUGCGAAGCUCGCCAUCAAUCUAAUCGAUCAGAUGCAACAGCGCUAA